CCGAGAAGCUAGAAGGCUUCUAGGGCCCUUGCGCUGGGAGGACACGCCCACUUCCGACGAGGACUUGAAACCCGGACGUGAGCGAGUCUGGCCGGUUCUGAGGAGAAAGUCUGAGUGGGGUGGCGGCGGCGGCAGCGGCUGAGCCGGGCGCGGGGAGGCGCCGAGAGCAUGUGAGCGACGGCUUGUAUUGGGACGAAUGAAGGAUUUUACGUGGCUGAGAGCUGGAAACGCCUACGGAGGAGACCACCCGCCGACACACACCCCAGCCCCCCACACACCCUGACUCCACCACCAAGAACCCAGUGUGGCCCAAAGCCCUGGAGUCCUGGGAAGGCGCCUGGUUGGGCCGGUGCGGCUGAAGCAUUUCUUGCCUGCCCCGCCUGGAGGGUGUGGAAAUCGGGACACUACACACGUCCACGGGACUAAGUAUGGAGCUGUGCCCUCUCAGGGUGAAGCCCUUCUCCAUGUGAGGAGCCAGGAAAAGGAGAAGGUGAUGGGAAUUGAACUUCUUAAAGCCAUGUCCCUGGAUUCAGUGUCUUUCACGGAUAUAGCCAUAGACUUCUCCCAAGAUGAGUGGGAAUGGCUGAAUCUUGCUCAAAGGACUUUGUAUAAGAAGGUGAUGUUAGAGAACUAUAGGAACCUGGCUUCAUUGGGUCUUUGCAUUUCUAAACCAGAUGUGAUCUCGUUAUUGGAGCAGGAUAAAGAGCCCUGGAUGAUGAAAGGAGAGAUAACAAGAGGCCUGUGCCCAGACUUGGAGUAUGUGUGGAUGAGAAAGGAAUUAUCUCCAAACCAGGACAUCUAUGAGGAAAAAUUGUCCCAGGCAAUGAUAAUGGAAAGACUUACAAGCUAUGACCUCGAAUAUUCCACAUUAGGGGAAAACUGGAAACGUGAAGACCUGUUUGAGAGGGAGCUGGUAUUUCCUAUCGAAGAGAGAAUAUAUAAUUUUGACGCAGAUAAGAAAAGCUUAAAAGCACAUUCCUUUGUGAAAAAAUACAAGCAAGUUUAUGGAGAAAAGAAACUCUUGCAAUGUAAUGACUGUGAGAAAACUUUCAGCAAAAUCUCAACUCUUACUCUUCAUCAAAGAAUUCAUACUGGAGAGAAACCCUAUGAAUGUGUCGAAUGUGGGAAGGCCUUUAGCCAGAGUGCCCACCUUGCUCAACAUCAGAGAAUCCACACAGGAGAAAAACCCUUUGAAUGUACUGAAUGUGGGAAAGCCUUCAGCCAGAAUGCUCAUCUCAUUCAACAUCAGAGAGUUCAUACUGGAGAGAAACCUUAUCAAUGUAAGCAGUGUCAUAAAGCCUUCAGCCAGCUUGCACAUCUUGCUCAACACUAGAGGGUUCAUACUGGAGAGAAACCCUAUGAAUGUAUCGAAUGUGGGAAAGCUUUUAGUGAUUGUUCAUCUCUAGCUCAUCAUCGAAGGAUUCACACUGGGAAAAGACCCUAUGAAUGCAUUGACUGUGGGAAAGCUUUCAGGCAGAAUGCUUCUCUUAUACGUCAUCGGAGGUAUUGUCACACUGGAGAGAAACCCUUUGAUUGUAUUGAUUGUGGGAAGGCUUUCACUGAUCAUAUAGGACUUAUUCAGCAUAAGAGAAUUCAUACUGGAGAGAGACCUUACAAAUGUAACGUGUGUGGGAAGGCUUUUAGCCAUGGCUCAUCCCUGACUGUCCAUCAGAGAAUUCACACAGGAGAGAAACCCUAUGAAUGUAAUAUCUGUGAGAAAGCCUUUAGCCAUCGUGGCUCACUGACUCUUCAUCAAAGAGUUCAUACUGGAGAGAAACCCUACGAAUGUAAGGAAUGUGGGAAAGCUUUUCGGCAGAGCACGCACCUCGCCCAUCAUCAGAGAAUUCAUACUGGGGAGAAACCUUACGAAUGUAAGGAGUGCAGCAAAGCCUUCAGCCAGAAUGCACACCUUGCACAACAUCAGAAAGUACACACUGGAGAGAAACCAUACGAAUGUAAGGAAUGCGGGAAGGCCUUCAGUCAAAUUGCACACCUUAUUCAACACCAGCGAGUUCAUACUGGCGAGAAGCCUUAUGAAUGUAUUGAAUGUGGGAAGGCCUUUAGUGAUGGCUCCUAUCUUGUUCAACAUCAGAGGCUCCACUCUGGCAAAAGACCGUAUGCAUGUCUUGAAUGUGGGAAGGCAUUCAGACAGAGGGCAUCCCUGAUCUGUCACCAAAGGUGUCAUACAGGCGAGAAACCUUACGAAUGUAACGUCUGUGGGAAAGCCUUUAGCCAUCGUAAAUCCCUUACUCUGCAUCAGAGAAUUCACACAGGAGAGAAACCGUAUGAGUGUAAGGAAUGCAGCAAAGCCUUCAGCCAGAUUGCCCAUCUGACGCUGCAUAGGAGAAUUCAUACUGGAGAAAGGCCCUAUGAAUGUAAAGAAUGUGGAAAAGCCUUUAGGCAGAGUGUACACCUUGCUCACCAUCAGCGAAUUCAUACUGGAGAGUCAUCCUCAAUUAUUCCCUCCUCUUCACCUGCAUACCACCAGGUCCUCUAGCUUCAAUAUUCUAAAUCUAUCUAUCCACUUCUUUCCAACUCGUGCCGUUAUCAUGGUCAAAGAUGCAACCAUCUCGUUUGGAUUUCUGCAUAGCGUUGCAACCAUUUUCCCUCUUGCUUCCCUCAAGUGCAUUUUUAGCACUGUA